AUGGGGAACUCCAUGGGUUGUGUCAGGCCUCCUCGGGAGGGGGAACAUGGUGGAGCCACCCCACUUUCACCAAAGAAGCGUCUCCGUUUCAGACGUAAGCACAAGGGCAAGAAGAACAGGAAAGGAGAGUUAGAACAGGAGGACUUUGAGCGACAAAGAAGCCAGGAGCCUGAUGACAGAGAGGCGGAUGAAGAUGACAAGGAAAAAGCCGAAAUUAUAGAAUCAGCAGAUUUUAGCAACAGAGCUAGGACUCUUAUAACAGUGCCUGUUACCCAGUUAACUCAUUCCAAAACUAAUCUGCACAGUAAUACUCUUUCCCCUGGCUCUGUGAGUGCAAGUGUAGGGGGUCGUUUGGGCAACAGAAUACUUGAAGUAUCCCCCAAGCCCAGCCCAGCCUGGAGAGGGGUUUUCUGCCUUCCAGGGGAGGAAGACACUGUUAGCGCCAUCAUAGAUGUCUCCAGCAUCCCAAGCCAAACCACAACCACCACCCCAGUCAACACUGCCCCAGCUCUGGGCAGUACCACUCCGGGUGGAGGGAGGGUUUGUCGUGUUAAGGAGAAAGUCCAAGGGGUCCUAGAGAAACCUUGGAUCCUCCGACAAAAGAAGGAGAAAAAAGACCAGGGGAAGGUAGAGAAAGAGGAAAAGGGGGUUGGUGGAGUCAAAGGAGUACCAGAAAGAACUGAAGCAAUGGUGCGGACACCUUCGGGGAGGGAGCACAAAGGUGUGGUCCAUAUCCGUGAGGUGGAUGGUAAACUCUGCGUGGUGAGGACAGUGUACCCCAGUGAUUUUGGCUCUCCAGUGUGGAGGGGCGAAAGGGACCGUGAGAUAGAGGUGCGCAAUGAUCCCCUUGCCCUGUCUCCAGUCACAGGAAAUAUUCUCAAAGUCCAACUGUCUGAGGAGGCUGAAAGUAGAACCAGAAUGUCUGGAGGAGAUUUCCCCAUGUCUUCUAACCAAACGCGGAUUCAGGAGACUUUGACUGUCCAGGGAUUUAGCUUGCACACCCCGCUUCGCGCACAGGAGCAGUCUUCUCUGUUGGAAUCGGGAUAUGCCAGCGACCUGCCGUUGACCUCUCCAGAAACAGCGGGCACCACUCCCAGUCAGACAGACUGGGGAGGGCUGACCAGUAGCUCAUCAGAGAGACUGGAUUCCAUGAUGGACAGUCCUCUGCAACAGGCGACUGUAAAAUACCUGCCACAGAUUUCAGAGAUCUAUGUGAGCGGCGAGUCAGGCGACCUCACGGCCAAAGAGAAGCUGUUGUUAUGGAGCCAGCAGGCGACAGAAGGCUACCCCGGCCUCCGCUGUGUCAACUUCACCUCAUCCUGGAGCAACGGACGCAUGUUCAACGCUCUGCUGCACAGAUACAGGCCAGACCUGAUCGACAUGGAGGUGGUGUCGCGGCAGAGUAACCGGGAUAACCUCGAGCAGGCCUUCGAGAUCGCUGAGUCGCUAGGGGUGACCAGUCUGCUGGACGCUGAGGACGUUGAUGUUCCAUCUCCAGAUGAGAAGUCGGUCAUCACCUACGUCUCUUCCAUCUAUGAUGCCUUCCCCAAAAUCCCCGAGGGAGGAGAGGGCAUCGUCGCACAUGAGGUGGAUCAGCGCUGGUCAGAGUAUCAGUCCAGGUUCUUCUCUCUGCUCCAGUGGAGCCGCCAGCAUAUGGCCAUCAUGGCCAACAAGAACUUCCCACAAAACCCUGUGGAACUCAAGGCACUUUACAACGAGUACGUCCAUUUCAAAGAGACGGAGAUCCCCGCCAAGGAGAUCGAGAAAGGUCACGUCGAACACCUCUACAAACUGCUGGAGGUGUGGAUAGAGUUCGGUCGUAUUAAGCUCCCUCAGGGGCUCCAUCCCAAUGACCUCGAGGAGGAGUGGGGCAAACUCAUCCUGGAGAUGCUGGAGAGAGAGAAGGCUCUACGGCCGGCUGUGGAGAGGCUGGAAGUGCUGCUUCAGAGGGCGAAUAAGAUCCAGAACAUGGCGCUGGACUGUGAGGAGAAACUCACCCUUGCUAAGAACACACUCCAGGCUGACAUGUCCCGACUGGAGAGCGGCGAGGCGGUGCAGUGCGAGAGAGAGCUGGCCUGCUACCUGCAGGACUGCGAGUCUCUGAUCAGACAACUCAACCAGGAGCUUAAAGUCCUCCAAGAAGAGAAAUACUACCAGGUGGAGCAGCUGGUGUUCAGAGUGUCUUGCCUUCAAGAGGAGCUGGUCUCCCUCAGACUGCAGUGCGCCAGCGUCUACAGGAAAGGCCACUUCUCCCAGACCCUGGGCACCACCGGGGCAGAGCACCCCAGCCAGAGAGCCUCAGACGCUGGCCUGACGCUGGGGCAGACACUGCUGGGAGCCGUGGGGGCUGUGGGUGCAGUCGGUGCCGCACUCCUGCGGCGACCCACGGCUCGCUCCCAGCUGGUGGCCAUGUCUUCUUCAGAGGACGAAGGAAGCCUGAGGUUCAUCUACGAGCUGCUCGGAUGGGUGGAGGAGACGCAGGAGCUCUUGGAGGGAGCCGAGUGGGGCGCAGACCUCCCCUCUGUAGAAAACAACCUCCAAGAGCACAACGCCAUACACACUGCCGUCGAAGAUCUAAUGAGCAGCCUACAGGAGGCACGCAGCUAUGAGGCUAAAGUAUCUCCAAACUUCAAGAGCAGUUACUGUGAAACCCUGGCCAAGCUGGAGCACCAAUACUGCAAACUACUGGAACAUUCGUCAUGGCGCCUGCGGAGCUUGGAGAGCCUGCACGCGUUUGUGUCGCACUGCACUGAGGAGCUGAUCUGGCUCAACGAGAGGGAGGAGGAGGAGAUUGCCUCCGACUGGAGCGACAACAACACCAACAUGAACGCCAAGAGAGAAUUAUACAGCGAAAUGAGGUUGGAGCUAGAUGAAAAACAAGAUGUGAUGCGGUCGCUGCAGGAAACAGCCAACCGUCUGUGUCUGGAGAACCAUCCAGCCAAACAGACUGUGGAGGCUUACAGCGCAGCCCUGCAGACCCAGUGGCAGUGGGUGAACCAGCUCUGUGUGUGUGUGGAGCAGCAUCUCAAAGAUAACACUUCGUACUUUCAGUUUAUGAGUGAUGCUCGGGACUGUGAGUCGUACCUGCGCCAGCUCCAGGAAACCAUCAAGAGACAGUACACCUGUGACAAGAACAGCAGAUUGAGCAAACUGGAAGACCUGCUGCAGGACUCAAUGGAGGAGAAGGAGCAGCUGAUCGAGUACCGGAGUACGGUGGCGAGCCUGGUGGGCCGUGCCAAGACGGUGGUGCAGCUCCGGCCCCGCAACGCAGAGAGCACCCUGGGAGCCACAACACCCAUCAAAGCCAUCUGCGACUACAGACAGAUAGAGACUAACGUUCAGAUCACAAUAACCCGAGGCGAGGAGUGUGUGCUGGAGGACAACUCCCAGAGGACCAAGUGGAAGGUGAUCAGUACGAUGGGGAAUGAGGCCAUGGUCCCCUCCGUGUGUUUCACCGUCCCACCUCCGAACCAGGAGGCCAUGGACACAGCCAGCAGGGCGGAGCAGCUGUACCAGAAGGUCAUGUCUCUUUGGCAUCAGCUGCAUGUGAACAUGAAGAGUGUGGUGUCCUGGCACUACCUGCUUAAAGACAUCCGCACCGUCUCCGGAUGGAACCUGGACACGGUGCGCUGUCAGUCUCCGGCAGAGCGGCAGCAGGUCCUGGAUCACCUGGAGUCCCAGUUGGCCGACUUCCUGUCGGACAGCAAAGAGAGCUCCGUGUUCACGGCGGGCGAGAGACGAGAGCUGGAGAAGGAGGUUCAGCAGGCCCAGCAGCACUGCCAGGACCUGCUGCUCAACAUGGAGACCGUGGAGAAGGAUGAGUCAGUGUCUCGCUCGUACCUGUCGGAGCUGCAGAACAUCACACUUCGCCUUAAUGACGCCGAGCAGAGACUGAUGAGGGGCAUUCAAACUGCGCCCCCCAGGCGGCUGUCAGGUGACAGUGCUGACAACACUGUCCAGAUAGCAGAGCAGGAGAAGCUGCAGUCGGAGCUGGACGCCAUGCGCUCCAGUCUGGGUGACGUGUCUCGGCGCUGCAUCAGUUUCUUCGAGGAGAAGCCGUCUUCCUCCAGCAUCCCCGUCCUCCGGUCUGAGCUCAACCAGGCCGUGGAGAAGACAGACAAACUGCACAACCUCUCGUCUGUAUACCUGGAAAAGUUAAAAACAGUAGAGGUCCUGAUGCGUAGCCUGGAUGAAGCGGAGAGCCAGGUCAGGAAGAACGAGAGCAGACUAAGUGAAGAGGACAUUGUUCCCGCCGACACAACGGCUAUUAUAAAGCUCAGAGAUGAACUAGGGAUGUGGCAGGACGAGCUUGACGAGCAGGAAGGCGUCUUUCAGUCCCUGCGGUCGGAGGUAGGCCGGGCCAAAGAAGCUGCAUCUCAGCUGAGCAGGCUCCACCCAGACCGCAGCCCCGAGCUGGAGCGCUACCAGGAGAGAGCCAAUCAGAUGGAAGACAGGUGGAGCGGAGUCAAGAGACAGAUGGAGACACGACAAAGCGAUCUAGAAGCUGUGGGCUCGGCCCUGCAGCAGUACAGAGACGGUCAUUCUGCUCUCAUCAACUGGAUCGAAGAAACGACAAAGAGACAAGAAAACACACAACCUGGACAGACCGACAGUAAAGUGCUGUCGGAACAACUGGCCCAGCAGACGGCAUUAGUAGCUGAGAUUGAACAGAACCAGACUAAACUAGACGAGUGCCAGACUCACUCCAAACAGUACUGCACCUCAGUGAAGGAUUACGAGCUGCAGCUGAUGACUUACAGAGCCUUCGUAGAAUCUACACAAAAGACCCCUGUCAAGAGGAGGAGGAUGCACUCUUCCUCUGACGCCAUCACUCAUGAGUUCAUGGACUUGCGCACACGCUACACAGCCUUGGUCACCUUGACAACCCAACAUGUAAAGUACAUCAGCGAUGCACUGAGAAGACUAGAAGAAGAAGAGAAAGAGGUGGAGGAGGAGAAGCAGGCCAGGGUGGGGCAGGUUUCAGACCUGCUGGGCUGGGUCAAAGGCCUCCAGGGACGGACUGGGGGACCCAACGCCGAGUCUUCCCUUGCUGCUCAGCAGGCCAUCAGUGAGCAGCUCGCAGCCAAGAAAGAUGAAGUGGCUGAAGCCAUAAGGAGCACGCAGGUCUUCCUGCUAUCAAAACAGGCCAGCAAGCUGUCCCCGGAGGAGCGUGCAAAUGUGGAGGCUCAGCAGGACGAGCUGACGGCCACCUACAACCAGCUGUGUAAUACCUCCACCCAGAAGCUGCAGCAGCUGGAGCAGCAACUGGCCAAAGAGGAGGAGAGAAAGAACCAAAUUGCCAUUGCUGGAGUAAUUGACCUGGGAACAGUGGAAACAUUCACAGUGUUCCAAGCAGCCCAACGAGGUCUUAUUGACCAGGACACCUGCCAUGUACUACUGGAGGCACAGCUCAUUAUAGGUGGGCUUCUCCAGCCAGACUCCCCUCUCAUUCUUUCACUGGAACAAGGUCUAGCUCAAGGCCUAAUUGACACCCAUACCAGAAAGUCCCUUUCUGAGCUAGAAACUGCCUUGCUUUUGGUGGAAAAUACUAAGUCUACAGGUGACCAACAGCAAAAUGUGCUGCCAGUAGCUACAGCCAUGGAGUUUGGGCUCAUCAGAGAGGAGGUGGGACUUCGCAUUUUAGAACUCCAGAUGAACACUGGAGGCCUGAGAAACUCGAUGGGAAAGAUUAUGAGUUUGGAGCAAGCUGACGACAAGAGACUUUUGACUCCCAGAACCCUCACCAAACUCCAGUCAAGCCAACAACAUAGAGAGCUGAUAGAUCCAAAUACAGCUGAAAAAUUAAAUAUAAAUGAGCUGCAACAGCGCUGUGUCCUCAGUGAUGACUCCAGUCUCCUUCUCCUCCCUGUCAAACAGCAACCCGGAGGAACUGUUUGUCUCCUGUCGGGAAGAAAAGUUGGCAUAUUCCGUGCAGUCCACGAAGGUCUGAUUGAUCGUAAAGUUACUGUACGACUUCUUGAAGCUCAGCUCUUUGCCGGUGGUAUUGCUGACCCACGAUUUGGUCACCGGAUGACAGUUGAUGAGGCUGUUCGUCAUGGGCUUAUGGACCAGGAUCUAGCCUGUGCCAUAUUAGCACGCCAGCUGCAAAACGGGGGAAUUCUAGACCCUUUCAGUGGCGAACGCCUGGAUUUGGAAGAGAGCAUUCGCAGGGAUCUUCUAUCUCCUCGUUUGGCUCUGUUGGUCCUUGAGUCUCUUUGGACUUUCAUGGGAAUACUCUGGCCUGAAUCAGGAGAACUCCUGUCCAUUGUUGAGGCUCUUCAACAAGGAGUGAUCUCAGGAGAGCUGCCAAGGAACAUCCUAAGGCAGCGACAUACUAUUGGGGCUUUGUACAACCAAGAAACCCUCCAGGUACUUCCCCUAAAUCAGGCUGCUGAAGAGGCCUUUGAGCCCAGUGUGGUCAGUUUUCUCAAUGACAUCCACAUCCCAGAUGUUCUUUCCAGCAUGAACCAGUCGGGUACCCCAUCUCUAAACCGCAUGAGCUGGGGUUCCACCAGCUCCUCUCCACCUCCAUCUUCUCCAUUGCCUUCACCCUCUCCCUCAGGCCUUGUCUGGGAUGCAACGCCAACGCAUGGAAUGGAUCCUGAAGAGCAAGCAAAACACAAGCUACUGUUCCACCUCAUGACUCACAGCUAUGUGGAUGCUCAUUCUGGAAAACGUUUAGUGCUGCUAGACCCUGAGUUGGUGGAGUUGGUCAAAGCUACUGAACUGGUUGCUAGAGACUCUAAAUAUGGAAGUGAAGUUGAGCCACAAAGCAAGUUGACCACAGAUGAGCAGGGGAAGCUACAAAUGGGGAGAGAGUUUAGUUUGGCAGAAAAAAGGGUGAGUGACAAACAAACUGAGUUUGUAAGAAGAAAGUUCUGAUUAGUCACAAGCAAAGAAGUUGAGAUGAAUGGUCCAGGCAGUCUAGAAGAAAGGUAUGAUGAAGAAAAUGACAACACAUUGUUACACAAAUCAUCAGUAAUUGUAGGGAGUGAUUUAGCCUUUGCAGUAAAAAAUGAAAUUGGUGUGGAUAAAGAUGCAAGAGUUAAAGCUCAAAAGAAAGAAAUGUCCGAUCAUGAAAGAUUAAUGGCUUCAGCUAAAAGUCUUGAAGACCCAAAUGAGCUGGGAGCAAUUGAGUCCAAACCCAGUGAUAAGGGUGGUCAGGAGACUAGAAGUACAACCUCAACAGUAGAUAGAAAAACGGCUACGGCACCAAUCAAAAUGUUGAAAGAACCCAUUCCACUCGGCGCAAAAACAAAUGAAAAUGUUAAAUCAACACAAUCUGAUGAUAAGAAAGAUAUAGAGUAUUCCCAGACUGAAUUAGAAAGGACCAAACAAAAUGUGCCUAUAACAGAGACUGACCCAAUGCAUGCUAAACCUCAGAUUGAUAUCCUUGAAUCAGCAGUGGAGAAAGAAAGGGAGGCUGAUGAAUUGGCAAAGUUGGUCCUAGAACUCAAACGGGGAGGUCUGAUGACAGAUGAAGGGGAAAAGCUGCUCCCAGAUGAAGCUGUAGCGCAGGGUGUCCUCCCUGGUCACACUGCAGUUAAAUUAAUGGCUCAGGCAGGUCUCUUUGGGGGUUUCCUAGAUGCCAGCAGCGGUGAGUCACUCAGCAUGGAGGACGUUUUGCAGGAGGGUUUACUAGAUGAAGAUCUUAUGUGGAGUGUCCUGAAGUCAGAUAAAACCCUUGCAGGGGUUGUGGAUGUAGAGAAAAGGCAGAUCUGUGGGAUAAGGGAGGCAGCUCAGGUAGGGUUGAUCGACCCCAACACCGCUGCUCGACUUCUAGAAGCCCAGGUCGUGUCUGGGGGGAUUGUUGACCUGCGUAGGGAUAAGAAAGUCUCUGUCACUCUAGCAGCAAACCUGGGACUGAUUGAGGAGGGUCAAAGAGAAGAACUGGUGGCACUAGAGAAGGCUUACAAAGGAAAGGAUACAGAUUCAGCAACAGCCCUUACUAAAGCCAGCUUACAGCUACAGAUGGAAGGUGUUAUUGACCCGGAGUCCAAGUCCCCAGUUCCUCUGGAGCAGGCAAUCCAGAAAGGGUUAAUUAGAUCUGAGGAGGCUUAUCAGGUGUUGGCAAGGCAAGUGGCUGAGGGUGGUAUAUUACAUCAUGCAUCAGGGAUGAGGCUGUCAGUCCCUGAUGCUGUAAAUAGAGGACUAGUAGAUCGGUCCAUUGCUCCUGGGCUGGAAGAACUAGAGUGCAUUUACCAAGGCAAAGUCAGCUCUUCAACCCACCCAGAAGCAAUAGUUUUCCAGGCAUCGACAGGAGCCAUUUUAGACCCUGAGUCUGGACGUAAACUGACAUUGACAGAGGCCGUUUCUAAGGGUCUUUUGAAUGAGAAUAUUGCCAGUGAAGCCAUGGAUGCAUCUACUGUAACACAAGGAGUCCUUGACCCAAAAACUGCACGCAUUGUUUCUUAUUCAGAGCUUGUAAACCAGGGUAAGAUAGAUAUUGAAACAGGAAAACGCUUCUUGGAGAUAAAACCAUUUAGAGGUGUUCAGGAUGAGCAAACAAGAGACAGUCUGGCCCUUCCUAAGGCAGUUGCAUCAAAACAAGUUGACCCAGUUCCAGCAUUGAGGCUGCUUCAAAGCCAGGCAGACAGUGGAGGGAUCAUUGAUAUCAGAACUGGAGAAAGGCUCCCCCUAUCUGAAGCCUGUGAAAGAGGUUUAGUUGAAGACGAUAUGAUCAGGGUAAUAGCCACCAACCAGUUUUUAAAAGGAGGACUAGUUGAUCCUGCCACUGGACAACAAGUCUCUAGUCUCGAUGAUGCCAUUGCAAAAGGGCUGAUUUCUAGUCGCAUAGCUUUAGAGAUUCAGGAGAAAUUGGCAUCUGUGGAGAUGGAGGGUGAUGAAGGUAGCGCUACACCUGUUUCCUCAUCAAAUGGUAUAUACAGCCCUGCUGUUAUAUCGUCAGUGUCAAGCCCAGACAGUCCAGCAAACUGGUCAGAAGUAAACACAGAGGUGCCUUCAAGAUCUCCACUUUCAAAGAAAGGUUUAGGAAUUAAGGCACUGACAUCUGAAGUGUCCGAUCAAUCAUUGUUUUAUGACACUAAUACAGAAGAGAGCAAAGUAGAAAUGUCAGUGGAAGAAAAGGCUUCAAUUGAGCAAGACCAAUCCAUAGACCUCUUGUGUAAGUUUGCAACUAAUGUUGAGAAAAGAAUUCAGGAAGCCAUAGAAGAGAUCGUACCACAGACAAACAUCAAUCAAUCAGAGCCUCUUUCUAAGCAGAAGCUUGACAAGGAAAUGCAAAUAGGUGCGAGUGAUACUGAUGACAAACAAAAGGAGAAUGUUUGCAGAGAUUCUGUUGGAGAAUCCAUUCUGGCACAUGUCUGUGAUAUUGAAAAGGAUUUACAGGGAGGGAUCAGAAAAGGAGCUGCUGUUUUAAAGUCAGAUGGGGAACCUGUGAAAGUAGGGGAAAAGGAGACUAGACCAAGUGAUGAGAGCACUUCAAUGGUUCAUCAUGUUUCAGAAGAUGGAAACCUGCCAGCAGAGAUUAGAGAUGAAAGAGAAAGCAAAGGUAGCAUUGAAGUGUCAAAAUUGAGUGAAGAGGGUUAUAGAAAGAGUGAUGUGGCAGCAAAGAGAGAUGAUGUUGUAGAUGAGAAGGGUAAAAAAGUAGAGAAAAAUAAAUCUUUAAAGAUUGAGAUCAAAUCUAGCACUGACGCUGAGCUGUCAGACCAGUUAUUGACCUGUCCAUCUAAAGAGACAGAAAGCAAAAGCAAGAAAAAGAGGAAGAAUAAAAAGAAUGGAAAGGGUAAAGAAGCAGAGAGAGAAACACACCUUUCAGAGAUAAAACAUGUUGAAGUGCAGCCUGAGACCACUGAUGUAGUCAUAGAUGAGCUUGCAUCACAAGAUACAUACGAGAAAUUACAGAUUCAUGGCCAGGCAGUUUCCAAAGGGCCUCCCAAUGGAGAAGCAAAGAUUGAUGGAAAAAUUGAGGUUGGAAAUUAUUUGGUAAAACAGGGACAGGAAGCAGUUCAAGCCACUCUGCAAUUUUCAGAACAUACUAUUGAGGCAGAGAAAGAUGCAAUAAAAAUGACUUUAUCGAAGGAUGCAGUAAAGGGUGAUAAGAGAGAGGAGAUGAAAAGGGAGGAGCAGAAAGGGGAAGAAACAGCGUCUGUCUCUCAGCAACCAGAACAACCAGAAAGCAAUCAGGAGGUAAAGAAAGGGAAGGAGCAAGAACUCCCUGAGAAGUCUACUCUACCAGACAACAAGAAAGCAGCCUUGUUACUGAAAGCCAAAGAAAGCAUUCUUAAAAAGGUGUUUGAAAAAGGAGUGAGUGAGAAGCAGGCUGCUGAGGAGCUGCAGGCACUGCGCAAGGAUGUGGGGACGAAGGAGAGUCAAGGCAGGACUGUAAAGGCACAAACUCUACCAGCUAAAGCUGAUGGCGUGGAGAGUCACGAUGUCAAAGAUGAUGGUGUCAAGAGACCCAAUGGUUCACAGAGUGAGGAAAAGAUGAGAGUCAAAGAAGACGGAAUGAAAUUGACGAGGGUCAAAGAAGAUAAGACUGUGGCGAAACUUUCUGUCAAGGAGGACACCAAACUAAAGGAGGCUUAUUCAAAUCAGCGAGAGGAGAACAUGAGUUUUGGAAAGGAAGACAUUGAAACAACUCCAUCAGUCCAGCCUCAAGAAACUCAGCAAAGCAAGCGAAAAAAGAAGAACAAGAAGUUCAAGAAUGCAAAAACUGAGCCUGAGAUUGAGAAGUUAUCGACUGAUGAAAAAGUGGAUUCUGUGGUAACAAUAACAACAAUCGCCACAGAAUUUGCAAUGGCUAAAUCAGAUUUGGAUCACUCAGCAGCAGAGCAGAGGAUGGACAUACGUACUGAUGAUCAGUCAGGCAAGGAUCUCAUCAGACCUUCAGUUGGCGAUGAGACAAAAGAAGAGACCUCUGUAAUUCAUGUUAAAGCAGCGGAGACCAUUCAACAAAGUCCACUGUAUUUAUGUAAAUCAGAAGAACCCAAUUCUCACAUUGAGGAACAUAUACAACUGGCAGGGGUUAUAUAUAUUGGGAAAGAAGAAUCCAAUUCAGAAACCAGAAAUCCUGGCGAAUCCAUUGAAAUUGCCCACAAGACUGUCACAUGCAAACCAGACAACCAACCCACAGCUCUAUCUAUGGCUCCUGAAACACAACCAGAUAAAACAGUAGGGAAAGGUAAAAAGAAGAAAAGGCACCAACCACCUGGAGUUGAUAGUACCAAUGUUCCUAAAUCAAAAUCUUUAAUAGACCAACAGCAACAUCUUGAGUCUCCAGAAUCGGCACCUUCGCUCUCAGAAGAUACUUCAACUGAGUCGGAAUCUCCUGGAGUCCCUGAGUCUGAUACAGCCUCUGAGAGUUGGGGGGAGGGAGAGGAUGAUGUCAGAGACAGUCUGGAAAUUGUGUCCAACAAAGUGGGGACGACAUCCACACCUGGCAAGUCAUCAUUGAUGCGUCAGCAGUGCUUGGAGCAUGAUCAGCAAAUCGUCUCCCUGGUCUCCAUGGUAAGACACGUCGAGGUCCGACUCAAACACCAGCAACAGCAGUCUGUUGGCCGCAGCCUCAUCGCCUUGGAUGACAUCAUCAGACAGACUGAGACUCUGGACUUUGAGUUGCGAGACUUACAGCCUGCAGUCAGCAAAGAAGUGGAGGCUGCCGAAGAGCUGUUGAAGCCCCGACCCAAAGACGUUCCUCCGCAGCUCCUAUUGGCUCUGGAGAAGGACGGGCGGAGCUUGGCUCGAGGUUAUGAAGCUGCCAGAGCACUUUCUGAGGGCAUUCUGCAAAGUCUACGACACCAUAGAGACUCGUAUAAGGAGGCAGUAACAGCUGAGCAGAAGUCACUGGGAGGACAAGUGGAGAGUCUACUCUCUUGGUUGAGGGAGACAGAGGCUCAGAUGAAUGGAGGAAUGGCAGGGAUGGACAAAAUGGAGGCGGCAGAGAAAGAUGAUAAUCUUGAUCAGCUCACACAGCAGCUGAAUCUCUGCAAGGAGCUCCAGUCCUCCCUGAUGGCUCGCUCCAGUGAGGUCAACAACACGGCCUUUGACAUUCAGGUGUUCAUCUCAGAGCGGGCCCAGGACCUGGCCCCUGAGCAGAACAGGCAGCUUCUGGGGCAGCUCCAGCAGCUCCAGAAGGCCUUCCACCUGGCGUCAGGCCAAGCCCAGGCCUGGGCCGAUGCCCUCUCCGCCCAGAGGGAGAGGGAGGAGGAGUGGCAGCGCAGGGAGAGAGUGAAAGAAGAGGAGAAGGACAGAGAGAGGCAGAGUGCGAGGGAGAGAGAGGUGGUUCAACAACAGAAAGCUGAAUGCUCUCAGAAACUCGAAGGCCUCACCAUGUGGCUGGCUGGAGCUGCCAGCUUAUUGGCCAGUCAGAAAGCUGGAGCAGAGACAGGUGACGUGAACGUCUUGCAAGAGAAACAGAAAAGACUAAAGGAAUCACAGAAGGAUCUUCAGACCAAAGGGGAGGUUAUCACCGAGGCUAUCCGCUCUGUGGAGGAGCUCCUGGCAGACCGAGGAGAAAGUCUGAGCCCAGAGGAGAGGCAGAACCUCCAGGGGGCAUUAACGAGAUUGAAGGAGCAGUACGGCACCCUUAAAGAUUCAGCUAACACGUCACUGUCAGAGCUGGACACAGCCAUCAACGCCACUGUACAGCAGAACACACAGAGGGCCAAGGCCGUGGAGGAUCUCCAGGAGACCCAAGGCCAGAUAGACUCUCUGCUGAAUGAGUUGUCCUCCCUUAACCAACCAGGCGGGCGAGGAGUUGGAGAUUUGACUGACUCAGCAUUCUCACAGCCAGAGGGCGCUGUGAUGUCACACACAGAGAUGCUGCAGGCGGAGCUUCAGCAGCUCCAGUCUCAACAGACACAGCUGCUCCAGAUCACACAGUCAACUCGCUCCCUUCUGGACCAACCGGACUCCACCGUUCCACCUGAAGAGAAGCAGCGUCUCCGGGCUGCCCUGGAUCAGCUGCAGGCUCAGCACCAGGACAAGCUGCAGAGCUGCCAGGACCGUCUCAGGAAGUCUGAGUCUCUGAAGGAUGAGCUAACCAAGUUCCUCCAAGAACAUGGAAGUCUAGGCGCCUGGCUGGAACAAAAUGAGCAGGAUCUCCGUUCCCUGGGGGAAGGAGAAACCGAUGCACAAGGACUGAAGGGCAGGCUGGAGGAGCACAGAAAGCUUGCUGAGGAUGUAAUCUGCCACAAGGCGGACCUUCGCUUUGUCUCCAUCUCGGGUCAGAAGGUUCUGGACUCUGUUCAAGGAGCUCUGGAGCAAGUUGGUGGUUCAGACCCAGCUCUGGACAGCACCAAGCAGCUGGUAACUGACCAGCUGCAGGAUGCUAACCACAGAUACACAAGCCUACACACCAAGUCGACAGAGUUGGGCGGCCGUUUGUCCGGCCUGCUGGAGAGGUACCAGCAGUACCAGGAUGAGGUCGUUUCUGUCCACUCUUGGCUCAGCACUCAGGAACAGAACCAAAGCAUAGCCAAGCCCAGUGGAGAGACAGACCCCCAGAACCUGCAGGACACACUACGACAAGUACAGCUGCUGCAGGACGAGCUGGCUGAGCGCUCGGUGCAGCUGGAGAAGGUGAAGAGAGCAGGGAGGGAUCUGGUCAGCACAGAUGAGUCUCCUUCCCUGAAAGCUGUUGACAUCCUCUGUGCAGCAGAUGGUCUAGAGAGGAGGUUUGGCUCCCUCUCUGCGUCUGUGUCAGAGCGGGCCGAGCAUCUGCAGACAGCUGUGGCCCAGUCGGUCAGCGUGCAGGAGGGCCUGAAGGGUCUGCUGAGCUGGCUGGACAAACUGGUUCUGAAUCCUGGUCCAGUUGGGCCCAUCGCACAGGACGUACAAGACGCCCUGACACAGAACCAGAAACUUCGCCAGGAGCUGCUGUCCCGGCAGGGCAGCGUGGAAGCGACCCGAGACUCUGUUUCCAAACUCCUUCAGAGCUCUGACGCCUCCACGGCCUCUGGCCUCCAGGGUGCUUUAGAUGAACUGACUCAGCGCUACGCUGCAGCCCAGGCCAGCCAGGCGGAGAGGGAGGCUGAGCUCAAAGGGCUGCUGCCAAGGCUGGAGAGCUACGAGCGGCUGGGGGCCGACCUCCAGGUCUUCACCCAGAGCCGGCUUAAGGCUCUGAGCCCGGCGGGCCAGCCGGACCGCAGCGUGGACGACUACAGGCAGACCAUCGAGGAGGUCAAGUCUGAGCUGGAGCAGGAAGCUGGCCAGCUGAAAUCCUUCUGCAACCUCGGCACCGAGCUCAGCCAAUCAAAAGCUUUCAAUAACACUCAGAGCUUAUUGGAUAAUGUCAAAGGAGUGUCUGAUGAGUUCACCCAACUAGAAGACAAUGUCAACAAAAGGUUUGCUUCCAUCCAGGGCUGUGAGCAGCAGCUGCUCCAGUUCCGCAGCCUGUCCGGCUCCCUCCUCAGGUGGCUUCAGACGGCGCAGGACCAGCUUCCGUCCAAAGAGGCCAACCUCAACACAGAGAGCCUGCAGAGAAGAGUCCAGCAGCUCAAGGACUUGUUGAGUGACUGGGAGUCACAGGGAUCCAGAGUUCAGGAGCUGAACAAGACGGGCUCAGAGCUGGAGUCCCUCAUCAUCGACAUCACGGCUCCAAAAAACAAAACUGGUGCUCCUCAAAUCAAUGGCUCAGCAGGUCCCAGCAGUGUCAAUGGCAUUCACACCUGUAAAGACCUGACAGAGCUCCAGGUAGCCGUAUCUGAAGUCAACGGUCGAUAUGAGACACUGAGCGGGGAGCUGAAGGACCGUCUCGGUCGCCAAAAUGCCUCACUGGAGCUGAGGCAGAAGGCCAGGCAGGGCACUGAUGAGCUGAAGAGCUGGCUGACAGACAGAGAGCACAGCCUGAAACAGGGACAGACCGCCUCCCCCUCCAAACCUGAGGUGGUUCGCGCCCAGGCCCAAGAGAACAAGGCUCUGCUCUCAGAGCUGGCUGAGCACUCUGGGAAGGUCGAGGAGCUGAAGGGCACACUGAGGAAGCUGAUCGCUGACAAUCCAGAUUCUCCUGAGGCAGACACCUGGAGACAGCAGCUGCAAGACAUAGACUCCCGCUGGCAGACGGCCAAUCAGACUGCAGCCCAGAGGCAGACUGCGCUGGAGACGUGUGCCGAUAGGCUGGGCAGCUUUGCCUCGGCGGCCAGUCAGCUCGGCCCGUGGCUGAGGGAGAAGGAGCUGAUGAUGAGCGUGCUGGGACCGCUCAGCAUCGACCCCAACAUGCUCAACACACAGAAGCAACAAGCACAGUUCAUGCUGCGUGAGUUUGAGACCAGGCGGCCACAGUUUGAGCAGCUGACCCAGUCCGCUGAGGGAAUCCUCUCCCAGACUGGUGACUCUGCUCAGGACCCCAAGGACCUGGCGGAGGUGCGAUCUGAGCUGGGCUCCAUCUCCCAGCAGUGGGAGGAGCUAACAAACCGACUGACUCAGAGGUCAAACCACAUCGACCAGGCGCAAGGAACAAGUGAACGCUACCAGGCCUUGCUCAGAGAGCUCUCCUCCAGUGUUUCUGCUCUGGACGAGAGGUUGGAUGGUCAGGCCUCGCUGAGCGCUCAGCCUGAGGCGCUGAAACGCCGCCUGCAGGAAACCGGAGAGAUCCGCUCAGAGCUGGAGAGACGGCGCACUGAGCUGGUCGAGGCCGAGAGGCUCUGCGAGGAGCUGAGCGCCAUCGUGGCUGAGCCCUACCUGAAGGAUGAGCUCAGUAAACGUCUGCACAGUGUCAGCGGGCCGCUCAAGACUUUAGAAGACCGCGCAGCUGACGGUCUGUCUCAGCUCCAGGCCGCUCUGUCGUCCACCCAGCAGUUCCAGCAGAUGUUUGAGGAGUUGCGCUCGUGGCUCGACGAGCAGGCAGAUCCCCGAGAAGCUUUCACAGACUCUCUGCCCUGUCAGCCGCAGGCCAUCCGCUCCCUGCUGGCACAGACGGAUAACCUCCAGCGUGGGAUCGCCAGUCAGCGAGGAUCCUACGAGCUGCUUCAAGCUGAGGGAGCGUCACUGCUCGCCACUCUCCCCGCGGGCGGAGACGAGCGGUCUGCCCUGCAGUCUCGCUUGGCCUCCUUGAAGCAGGACUGGGAGGGGCUGAACCAGAGAAUCUCAGAGCGAGAGAGCAGACUGAAGACGACUCUGAGCAAAGCAGAAACCUACCAGCAGCACAAGGCCGAGCUGAUACCGUGGUUAGCAGAGUGUGACGAGAAAGAUGGAGCGAUCCAGCCUUCACUGGACUCUUCGGCCCUGGACGAAGCCUUGCAGAAGGGACGAGGUCUGUCACUGGACCUCGAAAGACGACAACCUCUCCUCGAGGCCUUCAAUACUGCAGCAGAUCAGCUGCUGGAGCAAUGCUGCAUCGGAGAGGAAGAGGUGCGAGAUGAGAAGGCCCAGCUGAACCGCAGGGUGGACGGACUGGGAGAGAGGCUCCAUAACCGCACCUCCCAGCUGGAGGAGCUGGCUGGCCGCCUGAAGGAGUUUGAGGAGGGCAGACAGGCAGCAGAGAGGAGGCUGGAGGCCGCCAAACACCAGAUUGAAGUGCAGGAGGCUCUGGGACCACAGGCGUGCAGUGCUAAGAGCCUGGAGCGGCUGAGAAGUCAGCAGGAGAGCCUCAGGUCUCUGAAGCCUCAGGUGGUCUACCUCAGAGACCUGGUCCAGGGGCUGGUACAGGACGCACCGCAGACACCGGGAGGCAGCACUGACGGUGCUCAGAGGCUCCAGGAGCAGGCCAAAGGCACGGAGAAGGAGUACGAUGACGUAACUGACAAGAUCGAGCAGUGCUGCUCCUCCCUGGAGUCCCGGCUGCAGGGCGUCGGCGAGGUCCAGUCUAACGUGCGUGAUGUCUUCUCGCGCAUUGCGGACCUUGAUGAUGAAUUGGACUCCCUCAGCCCCGUUGGACGAGACGCAGACUCCCUGGCCUCUCAGGCCGACGCCCUGAAGGGAUACUUGUCCCGUCUGGGCAACCUCAGGACGGAGGUGGAGGGUCACACAUCGGAGUGCUCCACCAUGCUGCGGCGGGAAGGCUCUUCCCCUGACCUCCUGGCUCUCAGGAGGGAGUCGGAGGCUCUGAGCCGCCAGGCCGGCAAGCUGAGCGAGCGCGGCCAGGCCAGGUUGGACCAGAUCGAGGACGCCGCUGAGAGGGUUCGGGAGUUCUACAGACUGGUGGCCCAGCUGCAAGGCAUGCUGGGAAGGGCCGAAGACGGGCUGAACGCUCAGGGCAUGGUCGGCACGGAGGUGGAGAUGAUCAAGCAGCAGCUGCAGGAGUUUAAGGCUGUGGAGAGAGAGCAGGUGGACAGCAUUCAACCGAAGCUGCAGCACAUCAACGCGGUGGGUCAGGGUCUGAUCCAGAGUGCCGGCAAACACACGGACACCCAGGCACUGGAGCACGACCUGGAGACCACCAACCUCCGAUGGAACUCACUCAACAAGCGGGUGGCAGAGCGGAUUGCCCAGCUGCAGGAGGCCCUGUUGCAUUGUGGGAAAUUCCAGGAUGCUUUGGAGCCUCUGCUAAGCUGGCUGAGCGACACAGAGGAGCUGGUGGCCAAUCAGAAGCCCCCGUCAGCCGAGUACCGCGUGGUCAAGGCCCAGAUCCAAGAACAAAAGCUGCUCCAGAGAUUGUUAGACGACCGCCGGCCGACGGUGGAGAUGAUCCGAGCUGAGGGAGAGAGGAUCGCAGCCACAGCCGACACUCAGGACCGGGAGAAGAUUCAGACCCAGCUCCAGUGUCUGGCAGAGAGGUGGUGUGACCUGCUGGACAAGGCCAGCGGCAGGCAGAGGCAGUUGGAGGAGCUGCAGGUUUUGGCUCUUCAGUUCCACGAAGGCCUGGAGCCACUGGGAGAGUGGCUGAGUGCCACCGAGAGACGCCUGAGCUCCGCCGAGCCCAUGGGAACCCAGACGGCCAAGAUCACCCAGCAGAUCGUUAAGCACAAGGCGGUCCAAGACGACGUGUCCUCACGUGAAGCCGAGGUUGACCGCCUCGAGUCCCUCGGCCAAACGCUGACCCCGCUCAGCUGCGCGGCAGAUCGCGAUUGGCUAAGCGAGCGCGUGGGGGCGGUGAGGUCAGGUCACUCAGAGCUCACUGGUUGGUGCUCCAGGCGGGCGGCCAUGCUGGAUCAAGCGCUGGCUAACGCUCAGCUGUUUGGGGAGGAUGAGGUUGAAGUGCUGAACUGGCUGGCAGAGGUUGCUCAGAGGCUGAGUCAGGUCUCCGUGCAGAGCUACCAGCAUCAGCUGCUGGCCGAGCAGCACAAACACACCCUGUCUCUAAAUGAAGAGAUUGUGAGCAGGAAGAAGACGGUGGACCAGGCCAUCAAGAACGGACAAGCGCUACUCAAACAGACCACAGGUGAGGAAGUUCUCCUGAUCCAGGAGAAGCUGGACGGCAUCAAGUCUCGCUACGCUGAGAUGACGGCCGGCAGCAGCAAGGCCCUCCGCACCCUGGAGCAGGCGCUGCAGCUGGCCACGAGAUUCGCCAGCGCCCACGUCGACCUCAACCAGUGGCUGGACGGCGUGGAGGCGGAGCUCAACAACAUGGAGCCCGACGCCACACCCACCUACCAGGAGAGACAGAAGGAGCUGAAGAAAGUGUCGGCAGAGAAGCGUCUGGUGUUGGAUACGGUGAACGAGGUGGGUGGCGCCCUGCUGGAUCUGGUGCCGUGGCGAGCCCGCGAGGGCCUCGACCGCCUGGUCGCCGAUGCCAACCAGCGCUACCGCCAGUCUGAUGAAACCAUCACUCAGCGUGUGAAGCUGGUACAAGCUGCCAUCCAGAGGUCACAGCAGUAUGAGGAGGCAGUGGAUGCAGAGCUGGCCUGGGUCAGGGAGACGGAGCGUAAACUGGCGUCUCUGGGGCCCCUGAGCCUGGAGCCUGACGUGACGGUGGCCCAGAUGCAGGUGCAGAGGGCCUUCAACAUCGACAUCAUCCGACACAAAGACACUGUGGAUCAGCUGCUCAGCACCAAAGAUGACAUCCUGGAAACCUGCAGCGACGCCCAGAAGGACGCACUCAUAGUGAAGACAGAUUCUCUCAGUGCUCGAUAUGAUUCAGUGAGUCAGAGCCACAGUGAGCGGUUCUCAGCCCUGGAGCAGGCCCAGGUUCUGGUCGCUCGCUUCUGGGAGACCUACGAGGAACUGGAUCCCUGGUUGGGCGAGACUGAAACCCUCGUCACCCAGCUGCCACCGCCAGCUAUCGACACCGACGCUCUCCGACUGCAACAGGACCAGAUGAGGAUGCUCAGAGAGUCUAUCGCAGAGCACAAACCCCACAUCGACAAGCUGCUGAAGAUUGGACCCCAGAUGGCCAAGCUCAGCGUCCAGGAGGGGGCGAAGGUGACGCAGCGCUACACCGAGGCCGAGAGACGAUACCUGGCCAUCAAAGAGGGGGUCAAAGGUCGUGCAACAACCAUAGACGAGGCAGUGUCCCAGUCUUCUCAGCUGGUAGAGUUUCACGACAAGAUGGACCCCCUGUUGGAGACCCUGGAGGGGGCAGUGCAACGGCUGCGGCAGCCUCCCCCGGUGGCAGCGGAGGUGGAGAAGAUCAGGGAGCAGCUGGCGGAGCACCGAGCCCAGGGGCUGGAGCUGGACAAACUGCUGCCGAGCUUCUCCGCUCUGUGCGCCCGCGGAGAGGAGCUCAUCGGACGGGCUGCUCACGAUGAUCCUGCUGGUCAGGCCGUUCGUACCCGCCUCCUGCGCCUGCGCUCUCUGUGGGAUGAGAUCCGGCAGCGAGCUGAGGAGAGGGAGGGGAAGCUGAACGAUGUCUUGGACCUGGCCGGGAAGUUCUGGGCCGACGUGGCGGCGCUACUGAGCACGCUCCGAGACUCCCAAGAUAUCGUGAGAGAGCUGGAGGACCCUGGCGUGGACCCUUCGCUCAUCAAACAACAGAUUGAGGCUGCGGAGGCCAUUAAGGCGGAGACCGACGGCCUGAGGGAGGAGCUGGAGUUUGUCAGGACCCUCGGAGCCGACCUCAUCUUUGCCUGUGGAGAAACUGAGAAACCGGAAGUCAAGAAGACCAUUGAUGAGAUGAAUGCGGCCUGGGAGGGUCUGAACCGGACGUGGAGAGAGAGGAUGGAGAGACUGGAGGAGGCCAUGACGGCGUCUGUGCAGUAUCAGGACGCACUGCAGUCUAUGUUUGACUACCUGGACAACGCGGUGAUCAAGCUGUGUGACAUGUCGACUGUGGGAACUGAUCUGGGAACAGUCAAACAGCAGAUUGAAGAGCUCAAGCAAUACAAGGUGGAGGUUUACCAGCAGCAGAUUGACAUGGAGAAGCUGUGCCACCAGGGGGAGCUGCUGUUGAAAAAGGUGUCCGACCACACGGACAGGGACAUGAUCCAGGAGCCGCUGACCGAGCUCCGGCACCUCUGGGAAAACCUGGGGGAUAAAAUCACCCACAGACAGCACAAGCUCGAGGCUGCCCUGCUGGCUCUGGGUCAGUUCCAGCAUGCCCUGUCUGAGCUGCAGGCCUGGCUGAACCACACACACACCACUCUGGACACACAGCGACCAGUCACCUCUGAUCCCAAGGCCAUCGAAAUCGAGCUGGCUAAACACCACGUGUUGCGUAAUGAUGUUCUGUCCCAUCAUGCCACUGUGGAGAAUGUGAGCGGUGCUGGCUCUGAGCUGCUGGAGUCGUCUCCUGGCGAUGAGGCCAGCCUCCUGAGGGACCAGCUGGAUCAUCUCAACCAGAGCUGGCAGAGCCUCCUGCUCAAGACCCAGGAGCGGCAGAAGCUCCUGGAGGCCGCCCUGCUGCAGGCUGAAGGUUUCCAUGGCGAGUUGGAGGAGUUCCUCCAGUGGCAGAGGAGGACGGAGAGCCAGCUGUCUGCCGCCAAGCCGACAGGCGGUCUCCCUGAAACAGCCAAGGAGCAGCUACAGCAACACGUGGAGCUGCAGGCCCAGCUGACUCAGCGAGCAGACCAGUACCACCACCUGCUAGAUAAGGGAGAGUCCAUGUUGCUGGCUCGUGGAGGAGAGGAAGCAGGACUUGGUACCACCCAGACCCAGCAGAACCUGGCCAUGCUGCAGAACAAGUGGGCCAGCCUCAACACCAAGAUGGACGACCGCAGGGCUAAGCUGGAUGAGGCCGUUUCCUUGGCAACAGGUUUCCAGACCUCUCUGCAGGACACCAUUAACUGGCUGACCCAGGCUGAACAGACCCUGAACAUGGCCCAGCACCCCAGCCUCAUACUGGACACUGUCCUCUUCCAGAUCGAUGAGCACAAGGUGUUUGUGAAUGAGGUGAACACCCACAGAGAGCAGGUCCUGGCUCUGGAGAAGGCCGGCUCUCAGCUGCGCUUUGCCAGCAUGAAGCAGGACGUUGUUCUCAUCAAGAACCUGCUGCUCAGUGUCCAGGCCCGCUGGGACAAGCUGGUCCAGAGGUCGCUGGACCGUGGCCGACACCUCGAUGAGGCCCGCAAACGUGCCAAACAGUUCCACGAGGCCUGGAGGAAGCUGACGGACUGGCUAGAAGAAGCGGAGAAAAGACUGGACUCAGAGCUGGAGAUCUCCAACGAGCCGGACAAGAUCAAAGUACAACUGGUGAAACACAAGGAGUUUCAGAAAGCCCUGGGGUCGAAGCAGCCGGUUUACGACACUACAGUGAGGUCUGGGAGGGCCAUGAGGGACAAGGCUCAGCUGCCUGCAGACACACAGAAACUGGACCACCUGGUGGGAGAAGUCCGCGACAAGUGGGACACCGUCUGUGGCAAGAGCGUGGAGAGACAACACAAGCUGGAGGAGGCUCUGCUCUUCUCAGGACAGUUUGCCGAGGCUCUCCAGGCCCUGGUGGACUGGUUGUACCGGGUGGAGCCGCAGCUGGCUGAAGACCUGCCCGUCCAUGGAGAUCUGGAUCUGGUGUCCAACCUCAUGGACUCACAUAAGGCUUUCCAAAAAGAGCUGGGGAAGAGAACUGGCAGUGUUCAGGCUCUGAAGCGCUCCGCUCGGGACCUGAUGGAUACCGGCCGCGAUGACACGGCGUGGGUCAAAGUUCAGCUUCAGGAGCUCAGCAACCGCUGGGAUACGGUGUGCGCUCUGUCGGUCACGAAGCAAACCCGCCUCCAGGUGGCCCUCAAACAGGCGGAGGAGUUUCGUACGGCGAUACAGGUGCUCCUGGAGUGGCUCUCUGAGGCCGAGCAGACGCUUCGUUUCCGCGGCGUCCUCCCCGAAGAGGCAGAGACUCUGCAGGCGCUGCUGCACACACAUCGUGGCUUCAUGGCCACCGUGGAGGAGAAGAGGACGGACGUCAACAAGGCUGCCGGCAUGGGAGAGGGCAUCCUGACCGUCUGUCACCCUGACUCCAUCACUACCAUCAAACACUGGAUCACCAUCAUCAGGGCACGCUUCGAGGAGGUGCUGACGUGGGCCAAACAGCACGAGCAGCGGCUGGAGACGGCGCUGACCGAAGUGCUCAACAACGCCAACCUGCUGGAGGAGCUGUUGUCAUGGCUACAGUGGUCUGAGACCACAUUGGUCCAGAGAGACACAGAGCCGCUUCCUCAGGACAUCACACAGCUCAAAACACUCAUCACAGAACACCAGAUGUUUAUGGAGGAGAUGACGAGGAAGCAGCCGGACGUCGACAAAGUGACAAAGACCUACAAAAGAAAACCAGCUGAGCCUCCCAGCAGUCUGGCUGAGAGGAGAGGAGCUCGCAAACACCAGCAGCAGCAGCAGCAGGCAGCCAUGCAGCUCUCCGGAGGAAACCCUCGACUCAACCAGCUCUGUGCCAAGUGGCAGCAAGUUUGGCUGCUGGCUCUUGACCGCCAGCGCAAACUCAACGAUGGUCUGGACAGACUGGAGGAGCUCAAAGAGUUUGCCAACUUCGACUUUGAUGUGUGGAGGAAGAAGUACAUGCGCUGGAUGAACCACAAGAAGUCUCGUGUCAUGGACUUCUUCAGACGCAUCGACAAGGACCAGGAUGGAAAGAUCACACGGCAGGAGUUCAUCGACGGCAUCCUGGCUUCGAAGUUUCCCACCAGUAAGCUGGAGAUGACAGCAGUGGCAGACAUCUUUGACAGAGACGGAGACGGUUACAUCGACUACUACGAGUUCGUUGCUGCUCUGCACCCCAACAAGGACGCCUACAGACCCACCACUGACGCUGAUAAGAUAGAAGAUGAGGUGACUCGGCAGGUUGCUCAGUGUAAAUGUGCCAAGAGGUUCCAAGUGGAGCAGAUAGGAGAGAACAAAUACCGGUUCUUCCUCGGAAACCAGUUCGGUGACUCUCAGCAGCUGCGUCUGGUGAGGAUUCUGCGCAGCACGGUGAUGGUGAGAGUCGGAGGAGGUUGGAUGGCUCUGGACGAGUUCCUGGUCAAAAAUGACCCGUGCAGAGUGCAACAUCCAGGACUUAAGAUUCUCCGCUCCGAUUCCAGUAGCUCCAUCUCAUCUCGUAUAGUGACAGUCACUCCUGGCUAUUUCUGUUCCCGAGCUCGUGGUCGCACCAACCUGGAGUUGAGAGAGAAGUUCAUCCUUCCUGAAGGAGUAUCUCAGGGUCUGGCCGCCUUCCGCCCCCGAGGUCGACCCUCUAAGCCAGGCUCCCGCAACGCCUCGCCCACCCGCUCCUCCUCCUCGGCCUCCCACAGCGGCGCCUCCCUCCCCUCUGCUCCCUCCACCCCCGCCACGCCAACAGCCUCCGCAUCAUCCAGGUCCUCCCAUACUCACUCGCGUGACUAUGCCAAGCCCUGGCUGACACACAGUAAAACUCCAACGACAACCAAGUGCCAGUGCUGCCCAGAUCUCGGCCUCACCACCCCUGGGCACGAGGGGGCGACGUCGGGGUCCAAACUGAAGAGGCCGACGUUCCACUCGAGCCGAGGCUCGCUGACCGGAGAGAAUGGAGGAACGACUCCCUCCAGCAAACCAUCCCGCGCUGAUCUGAAGCGAGGGGCGUCCACAGCCAGCCGUCCGACCAGCCGAGCCGGCAGCCGGGCGGGCAGCAGAGCCAGCAGUCGCCGUGGAAGCGAUGCCUCAGAUGCAUCAGAGCUACAGGACGCUCGCUCCGUCUGCUCUGACGCCUCGGACACCCCACGACGACCCGGGGCCAAACCCUCCAAGAUUCCUACCAUCUCCAAAAAAGCCCCAAUCCCAAAGACCACGGGGGCUGCAAAAAAAUAGCUCCAGCCUCAGAGAAACUGGAGCAGAAUCGAGGGUGGACUGCUGUCAUCAGCCAUUUUGCACAUUGCACGUUGUGCACCAGCUCUUUAAGAAGUCCAUCUAACAGGGCUCGGGUAGAGUUUGUGCACUAUGACUGACAUUUUCCAGGGGAAAGAAGGAGAUGGAUAGGAUGAGUGAAUCUCCUUCUCAUUCUUUCCCAAGGCUCCAAAACGGACUGAAAACAGGAAACCUAGACGUAGAGUUUCUGGUCUGGCAGUCCCAGGCCAGAAUCUGUGGGGUCGAAAAGCGGCUUUUCCCCUUUAAGAAGCGACCCCAUUUUGCCUUCCAGUCUCCUGCUUUGUCUUUCGAAAGUUCCCCACCAUUGUGGAACCAAACACCGAACUGACUUGACGUGAUGCUGCCUUACUUACUCACUUCUGUCUCGAUCGGACGGAACAACAGAGAAAGUCUUUAAACUGCUUUAUACCACACAGACACACAAAUACACACAUUUUAACACAGAGGGAGUGGGACACGCCACCACCACGGCUGCAAAAACAAAGAAAGCCCAAAUGACAUUCAGGAAAAAAAAAAGAAAGAAAUGUGGGUCAUUAUUUUGGCUUGUGGGCCAGAUGCCUCAACGAUGAGUCUAAAAAGAAAAUAUGCAACGACUGCCAUGUCGCUUCCUCCGGACUGGUUGGCGAGAAAAACAGUCACCUCAGCAGAUCUGUGUGUGGAGUGCGCAGGAGGCGGGAAGCGCUGUCCGACACACACACACACACACACACACACACACACACACACACACACACACACACACACACACACACACACACACACACACCGGCUAACCUCAGACUCAGAGGGUCGGUGGUAGUGACUGUGGCGGUGGCGGUGCUGCUGCAGCUGAGGGCAAACACUCACACACUCAAAGACCGCAGAGCAGACUCCUCCCGGCCGCUGGAACGUUAAGUGUGUAACGUGUGUGUGCAUUUCAGCAAAGGGCGGUGUGGUUUUGUCACAUGCCGGUGUAACAAUCCGACACACGAAAAAAUCACUAACCGGCAAUAGAAAGGACUAUUUUUAUGGUGACACUCAACUAACAGCACAUUACUGACAAUAUUGGACAUGUGUAACCUAACCCGAUGUUCGACAACCAGCAUGCACUAAUUGUCUCUUCCUCUGCAGUCCCACCUUAAUAUCUAUGCUGCGUUGCCCUGAGCAACCCAGCAGCACACACACACACACACAUAUACACACACGCACACACACAAGGUGGUGUGUAUAAUGUGUGUCUUUGUUACAGGAAAUGAUAGAGGUCAUUGAUUUGAGUCACUGUAUGCAAAAAUAAUUAUUUGCGAAUGUCAUUUUUGUUUUUCUUCUCGUUGUUUUCUGGUUAAUUUAUAAUCCAGUGUACUUUUGUUAUCUAGCUUGAAAGAAAAAUCUAUUUAUUUUUCAGUUUCAUGUCAUAUCACCAUUCGCGGAGAGUGAUUUAGUAUUAUGGUUAAAGAAAUUGUGUUUUUUUUGUACCAAGGAAAUGUCCACUCCGCUCUUUUUGUGUGUUUCUACUUCAUUGUAACAUUACAUUAUUCACUAGGUCGCUGAUUCUGGUGGCAGCCUUGUUUGUUCAUUUCUCUUUUUUGCUAAUGACUACAAUUCCCAGACCAUGACCAAAGGGGUUUGCCCUUCAUGUGUAGAGAGAACUACAAAUAUGAAUGACAGGAGACCUGGGCAGAGUGGACCAAUGAGAGCGGGUUUCCUCCCUCAUGUCCAUCCCCAGCGUUUCUUCUUCUAGGCUUUUUUCAAAUGCCCGUCAUUGACGGAGCUGAGUUGUCUCUGUGUUAUCUCAGUGUAAGAGAUGAGGUUUAUGAAAAACUAAUGAAAUUACAGUAAGAAAGAAGACAUCUUAAGGUGAUUUUUAUUUAUUUAUUGUCUCUCUGAGGGGAGGAGGAUUCGGGGUGCAGGAGACGAGUCCUCCACCUUUUGAUGCUGUGCUACUCUCAGUGUGAUGAUGAGAAAAUGGAGGGUGGGGAUGGGUGUUACUAGGAGUCAAUUGUGUAAAAGUAAAACAAAAAACUAAAAUUAUAAACAAUUUUUUGUUCUGUUUUUGUAUUAAAAAUAUGCUUGCAGUAAAACUGUC